ACCAACUCAUCGGCAAUGUUUGGAAGGCAAGACUCCUUUAAGUCAACACCAGACUGGAGCAAUGGCAUCACUCAAACUCCCGGGAAUGGAUCCUUUGAAGGGAAUGCCAGAAACAAGACACAAGAGUAGUUUGGCGAAAACAAAAAUGCAUUCUAUGAAAUCGUGUCCUCAAGAUCUUAGUUGGGACCUCAGUUAUGACAAUAGCAAGCAUUUCAGUUAUGACAAUAGCAAGCAUUUCAGUUAUGACAAUAGCAAGCAUUUCAGAUUGGAAUCGUCUCUUUUUAAAGGUAAUUAUAAGACCUUGGUGCUUAUAAAUCAAAUUUUUGCUUAAAUUUCACUUACACAAUUACUUUGCAUGGUAGGGGGAAUUUUCAAAAAAUUAGUCUUUAUCUGCCAUUAGAAACAGAACAAUGUAAAUUAUUAAUGGGACAAAAAUGUAAGUAUUACAUUUAAAAGACAGCAUUUCACAUUAUUGAAAUGAAUUAUUGCAAGUAAUUUUCUUUUCUAUUUCUAUUUUUUAGAAAAAGCUAUCAAUCUUGGAAUCAAUAUUGUCAGAAAGACAGUGGAGGGUGUCAGCAACAUCUUCAUUCAAGAUAUCCUUCCUGGUUCAGCUGCAGAUAAAGAAUGCCUCUUGAGGUAAGUCCUUUUGUGUCUUUAAUGGUAGCUUAAAUCAAACAUGAGUAGUAACACACACGCACACACACAAACUGAAAUGUUCCAUCUAAUUCACCUAUUUCCAAAUUGUUCUUCUUAAUUGCAAUAGGAGAGGUGACUGUCUCUUGAGUGUCAAUGGGGUGUUGAUGAAAGAUCUUACCCUCCUUGAUGCACAUCAAAUGUUUCGUAACCUACCACCUGGACGUGUUCAUAUUCUGGCAGUCAGAGAUAGAGUAAGUUUAAAUAAUUGUUUAAUACUUUUAGGUAUUUUUGCAUCAAGCUAUUUCUACUAAAUUGUAUGCAGUAGAUUCUAAAGUAUUUUAAACAUUACUAUUAUUCGAAAAAAAACAACAACAACUUAAGAGCACUUAAGACAUACUAUACAUAUACUAAAUUAAUUACCGAAGUAAUGGUUAGCACUAUUUACAAUAUCUUACUGUCCCAGAUUAAGAAGUAAUGUUUAGGUGUUCUCUGGUAGCCUACACAAAAUAGGAAGCUUAAAGAAAUGCCAUUAGGCUUUUAAAGACACCUAAUUUUUAUUCAGUUUCAAUUUGUUUCUAUUCAUGACAGGGUCAUUCCUAGGAGCUGCAUAAACAAAAGACAAGACAUAACUAAGCUUUAACAAAUGAACGGGGAUUAUCAAAAAUUAUAUAUGUG